UUUAUUUUUUUAUUUUUUAUUUUGUCCAGAAACAAACCAGAGCCCUUGAAAUUGAAAGGCUGAAAGCCAGUCCCUUUGAGCAAACGGAAAGCGCGAGGAGUACAACGAGUAUCUGAGCAGAGAGACUGAAGUCGAAAUAUGGCUGUUUUUGGUGAUCUGAGGGUCUCAGCAACACUGGCUUCUCACACAACGCACUCUCUCCGGAGCUCUUUGCCCAAUUCAAAGGUAGACUUUGCUAGCUUUUCAAAUGGAGGAUCUAGCAUUUCUGACAUUGCACUGAAGUGGCCCAGUAUGUCAUUUGAUAGACGCAGUAUUCGUCAACAUUCCAAGCGAUUGAGUGGAGAUUUUCAACUCUCAUCGAAGUCAAGCAGCCAAGAUUCCGAGAGCUUCCUCCUUAAUGCCAUCAACAUGAGUUUCUUGGACCGUUUAAACUUGGCUUGGAAAAUAAUGUUCCCGUCUCCAACAACUAGAAGGAGCUCUAAUGCAAAUAUUGCCAAGCAGCGCUUGAAGAUGAUCCUCUUCUCUGACCGGUGUGCAGUUAGUGAUGAGGCUAAAAGGAUGAUUGUCAACAACAUUGUGCAUGCUCUAUCAGAUUUUGUUGAGAUAGAAUCACGAGACAAAGUUCAGCUGAGUGUGUCUGCUGAUACAGAUGUGGGAACCAUUUACUCCGUCACGGUGCCUGUAAGACGGGUUAAGCCAGAAUAUCAGAUUGGAGACGAGACUGGAACCAUAACAAAUAUUGAGUACAAAGAUACUGGAGAAAGUUCUGGUUCUGUUGAUGUCAAGUUUGAUUUCUUCAUUCCUGACUAAAGGAACACAAUGAGUUUUAGGUUCAAGAAAUAGGUUGUGUUUCUCUUUUAAAUGUUGGGAUUGGACCUUGUUCUUCUGUACAUAAAUGAAAAAAUCCUGUAAGGCGAUUAGAGAUGUGUUUUUCAUCUGUUGAAUCGAAUCCACGGUUUGGUUUUAAUUUUGGCUUUAAUUAA